UAGUCAGCUGCGAAAGCAAAACGGAUGUGACGCGUAGCGUAGGCGCAGCGGAGGAGAGAGCUUCCAAAUUUCAAAUCAAAAUCAAUCCUCUUUCGCAGCUGAACCCGCCAGCGAUCAUCUGUAGAUUUGCAAUUUCUCAGGACGUUAAAGCAUCGAUUGAUUACCGACACCUGCAUUUGCAAAUGGAUUUGACUAUUUCCGAUUAUUCGCAAAUUCGAUUUCAUCACGUUGUCUUUUCUCCCGAUGCAUGACUAGCCUGCUAUUUUAGUUUAGCUACGAAAAAAAUCUACUAUACUCCACCAAUGAGAAAUGGAACAACUUAUAGCGAUGGUGCUUCAACUUCAACUUCAACUUCUUUAAGCAGUCAGCAAGAUGUGGAGGAUGAUAGGAUGAUUGCUGUCGUUCUUUCUGAAGAAUAUGCAAAAUUAGAUGGUGCAGUUGGUCGACGGCUGACCAAUCUUGCCCCUGUUCCUCAUGUUCCAAGAAUAAUUUUGCACUUUCCUUCAACAAGUGAUUCAAAUUUGGAUUACCAACGGCUCCUUCAGAGGAUAAAUGUCUAUGGUUUAUACGAAGUAAGGGUUUCUGGAGACGGGAAUUGUCAGUUCCGUGCACUUUCAGAUCAGAUUUAUAGAUCUCCUGAGCACCACAAGCAUGUGCGCAAAGAGGUUGUGAAACAGCUUAAAGAUAACUAUGCUCUCUAUGAAGCUUAUGUACCUAUGAACUUCAAACGCUAUUACAAGAAAAUGGCUAAGUCUGGUGAAUGGGGAGACCAUGUUACACUACAAGCAGCAGCUGAUAAAUUUGCAGCAAAGAUCUGUUUAUUAACAUCAUUCAGAGAUACUUGCUUCAUCGAAAUUGUUCCACAGCAUCAGGCCCCUGCACGAGAGCUUUGGCUGAGCUUUUGGUCCGAGGUGCAUUACAAUUCACUCUAUGAACUACGAGAUGCUCCGCCGCAGCUCAAGCCGAAGAAGAAACACUGGUUCUUCUAACUGUAAGUGGUGUAUGCACAUUGAAGAUUGCAGAGGAAUUCCCAAAUCGCUGUAAAUUUGUAUGGUUGGAUUUCUUUUCCGUUUUAUUUCCUCCUAUACCAAUACUAUGAGCCCAUUGGUAUUAUUAUUUUAUAAAAAUUUAUUUAUAAUUGUAUGACUA